AUGACGAAUCCCAAAUCAUUCCGACAGGGAGAACCCCUCCGCGGUCUAACGGAUCUCCCGAACAAUGGUGCUUCUACAUCUGCAUCGAUGUAUGCCCGCCAAGAUUCCCUCGCACUGGCAUCAUCUUACCAACAACGUGACCGAGAAAGGAACAACGUUGACUUCAUGGAGACAGAAUUAGAUCUCGACAACUAUUUACAAUGUUUUACCGACCUGGAUGUUCCCGCCGACAACAUUGACUUCAAUGAUUCAGAACUCCAAAAAGUCAACAUUCUCUACGAUGAGGAUCGUCCAUUCGAACCUCCGGUUAUGAAUGGAUACGAGAGACAUCUGGCAUACGGACCCGCUUACCCCCAUCCAGAACAAUAUGAUGCUGAUCAAUACCAAAUGAAUUGCGAAGUUAAGCGUGAAGAAAAGCCACCGGUGCCAGCCAACAACCCUCGCCGAGCUAUCAAGCGACCUGCCUACCAGGACUAUCAAGACUACUCGGACGAUGAGAUUUCGGAGGAUGAGUCUGCUGAUGACUACCACUCAUCAUCAAAUGGCAAUAAGAACAAAAGAACCAGCUUGCAAAAUUUCAAACCUCAAACUAAAGCUCGUAAGUAUCACCCAAAGGCUGCCGACGAGAAGGCUCAACCAACAUACAAGCUUAAAAGAGCUCGUAACAACGACGCCGUACGUAAAUGCCGCAACCGAGCUCAAGAACAGCAGAAGAAAAAAGAUGAGGAGUUUGAACAAAUGAAGGGACGCAUCGUUGAGUUAGAACAACUUCUUGCAUCGGAACGUGAAGCUCGACAACGAUCUGAGAAACUUCUGGAAGAGCUGAUCAAAAAACAAAAUUCAGUGCACGAUGUAAAGGUUGAAGAACUCCCCAGCAACCGCUUCCAGCCAGGACCUUCUUUCCGUCAGACAAGACGUCAUUAG